GCUUCCUGUAUUCUGGCGCGGGGCUCCUUUGGGUGGCCGGGAAGCCAGUGGUGGUGGCGGUGCCGGUGGAGGGCCCGGGGGUGGCCCUUGCCGCUGGGCGAUGGCUGUCUGCUGGGUGGAUGCGGCCUGGGUGUGAUAAUAUCUUUCUGGUGUAUUCACUAUGGUCCGGAAACGGAAAUGUAUAUUAUGCCACAUCAUAUACAGCACAAAAAAGGAGAUGGAUGAGCACAUGAGAAGUAUGCUUCAUCACAGAGAACUUGAAAACAUCAAAGGGAGGGACAGCAAUCAUGAGUGCCAGGUGUGCAGGGUGACAGUGGUGGGCUUGUCAGCAUAUGCUAAGCACAUCUCCAGCCAGUUGCACAAAGACAACAUUGAAGCCCACGAUGCAGAGGACGGGAAAGAAGAGGCCAAUGAACAAUACUUCGACAAGGAACUCAUCCAGUUAAUCAAACAAAGAAACAAACAGAAUCGAGCAGAUAAAAGGUGCCGCAUGAACCAUGAAACAGAAGGUGAUGACAGGCACUUGCAAAGACGACAAGAUGAUAGAACCUCUUAUCAAGACCGAGACGCAUUUGAUUCAACAUCAAGGUAUCACCAUGGACCAUCACAGAGAGACUGGAAGUGGGAAAAAGAUGGCUUCUCAAAUCCAAGACAAGGCAAAUUCACACAUUCUGCAAGAAAGCCUAAUAAUAUGAACAGGCAUCUGACCAGCCAAAGAGGACGACCUGGAUGGCAUCCAAAUAAUUCGGGAGGACCUUCAAAUUGGUAUCACAACUAUGGGAAUCCUGGAGGUGCUUGGCAUAAGAAUCCUGGAGGAGGAACAUCUAGCUGGCAUCAUGGAGUCAGGGGAAGGAAUUCCAACUGGAAUUCUGAAGGAAAUAAUGUCUUUUCUAAUUGGCAGCCCAAAAACGCAGGAGGAAACUGGAAGUCCAGUCAACAGAAGACAAAUGAAUGGAAUUUUGGAAGAAGCAGAGCUGCAAACAAUAAUUCCCAGACAGAGAGCAUGGAUGCCUCCUGGUUAAAAAGCAAGGGCAUCCAAGAUAAAUAUAGGGAAGAACGCUAUGUUUGGCAGUGGCAGGAGCAUGAUUCUGUAGCAUCUUAUGCAGACCUAGCCAAUGAAAAUGAUGACAUGAAUUCCGUAUUAGAUUUCACAAGUGAUCAGCUGUCUUCAGAUCAAUUAUUAAACUUUGUUUCCGAACAACUAGACUGCAAGAUGUCCAAAAUCAAUGGAAAGUGCAGCAGCCCCUGCCGAGAAAAGACAAAUCGCUGGGCUCCGUAUCCUUCUCAGAAAACCGUAGAACAACAUCCACUGUCAGAUGCGACUGCAGAAAAAAAUCCAGAAAAAACAGGUUUUGCCCAUCCCUCUUCCUCUCAGCUGUCUGCAAAAUUGGUGGAGCCUAAAACUGUCAAUUCAAAAGGAAAGAAAUGGGAAGAAACUUACUCAGGAACUUCAAAUAACAAAAUGACAGGCAACAAAUCCGUGUCCUGCAGAGGGUCGACAGAUGGCACUAGCGAGAUGAAAUCAAACCAGACUGAAGGCAAAGGCAAUAGGAUGCCAUCCUUAAAAUCACCACUCCUAGCUAUUCCAGAUAUGAAAGCAUCUUCACAAAAAAGAAGCCCAAAGAAUCUCUUGAAACAAGUCCAGCUUUUGUUAUCCUCAUCCUCUGGAGAAUGUCAGAGCCAAGUGAACAUGCUUAAUGUAGAAGGUAAAAGUUCAUCAUCAUAUGGACCUAAACCAAACAAUGCUUGUAAUAACUGUAACAAGACCAAAGCGGAACUACAGUGCAACAGUUCUCCCCAAAACUCUUUUUCAGGCACUUGUAGAGGCACUCAGACUGACAGGAAAGACAAUUGGAGUAUUGAGGAUCCUGAACAAGGUUUAAAGAUGGAGGAGUCCGAGAUAGAAGUAUUGGAAAAUGAGAGCCACAGAGAUGUAACAGGAAACCAAAAUACUGUUUCAAAUGCUUGCUCACCUUGUGCACAGACUGAUCCAGACAAUACUGCAACCCCAAAAAGUGACUACAUAAGAGAAUUGGAUGAUGCUGAGAAAAAAUCUGCCAAAUUCCAAAUGGACCUUCUCGAUUUGCAAUCCAGCGGUGAACACAACUUAGAUAUUGACCUGAAAGCUUCACUGGAAGAAGAUCAUGAUGAAGACACUUUAAAAUCAGAUAGUGCCCUUGAAGAUGAAGGCUGUGGUGUUCAUUCAAACCAUGAACUACAGAAAGAUGCAGCAGGGCAGCCCUCAGGGCAUCUGCUUCCUGAACUGAGUAAACUUGGCUUCCCAGCUUAUCUGCAAAGAGACCUGACAUGGCGCACCAGUUUGAAGAGCAAAACUGGCUCACAUCUACCAGAGCCGAACCUCAACAAUGCAAGACGUAUUCGAAAUGUCAGCGGCCAUAGAAAAAGUGAAACUGAGAAGGAAUUGGGGCUCAAGCCUACCUUGCGACAGAUUAUUAGUGUGUCUCGUAGAAAUGUAAACUGGGAACAGGUCAUUCAACAAGUGACAAAGAAGAAGCAAGAACUUGGCAAAGGUUUACCAAGGUUUGGUAUUGAAAUGGUUCCCCUCAUCCAGAAUGAACAAGAGGGUCUUGAUUUGGAUGACGAAGCUGACCUGGCGAGACUUGAAGGAUUCCAGUGGGAAGGGAUCUCCAUAGGCUCCCCUGGGACUGUGAGGAAACGUAGCCUCUCAGAAAGCAGUGUGGCUACAGAAAAGACAGCCUCUGUUUACAGUUUCUUCAGCCACCAAAGAAUGACCAAAGAAAAGGAAAAAAUCAGUACAGUUGCCAACAAUGAGAACAUAACUUCUAGAUCCCAGAUGCUUGCAGACAUUGUGACCAGUGUGAAACAAGAAUCCGCUUCCCUUCCUUCUUCACCAUUCAUGUCUGAAAGGGCUGACUUAGAAAGAAGGCUCAGCCUACAGACACCACCUGAUGUGAACAGAGUCUCUGCAUUUAGUGCAAGUCAAGCCCAGAGAAGCUCUAAUUAUGGAACCCAGUCACUUGAAAGUCAAGAUAUGCUGGAGAGUCCAGGAGAGAGAUACUACAUUGGUUCAGCCUUUACUACCUGUAGUACUCUAGAUAUUGCUACAGAUAGCAGCUGUACGUCAGGCAAUGAGCAGAAUGAUAGCCAGGGAACUGGCAAAAAGAGAAGAGCAACUGGAGAGGGAUCCUCUCCUGAGAUUCCUAGCCUAGAAAGAAAGAAUAAACGAAGGAAGAUUAAAGGCAAAAAAGAGCGUUCUCAAGUGGAUCAGUUGCUGUCUGUAUCUCUGAGAGAAGAAGAGCUGAACAAAUCCUUGCAAUGUGUAGAUGGAAGCCUAGUCCAGGCCCGGGCUGCUCUUCAGGCAGCUUAUAUUGAAGUCCAGCGACUGAUGGUGAUGAAACAGCAGAUAUCAGUGGAAAUGGGGACUUUGAGGACCCAGAGAAUUCAGAUCCUGCAAGGGUUGCAAGAAAGCUUUGAUCCUUUAGAGCACUCACAGCAGCUUUGUUCCAAUGACUCAACUGAAAAAAGAGGCAAGCUUCAGCCAACACAGGAUCUUACUGUAGAUUCAGGUCUUGUUGUUCCUCUGCUGGAGUCUGUUUCACCACUCCCUUCCCAGCUCCCUGCAGCCACCAUCCAGAUAAAUGGCCCAUCUACAUUCCAAACCACCAGCAACCUUGGAACCAUCACCGUCCCUGACUUAUCAGUUCAGAUCAAGCAAGAACGAACCUCUCCAAAGCCUGGGGAAGAGAACAGAAAUGGUCCUGAACAGAGCUCCCUAUGUUCUUCGCAAAUGGCACUUCAGUUUCAUGAUGGGAAUACAAGUCAGCAGCCUUCGCUGUACCCAGUUAUCAAUGCUGCCAUGACCUUGUCAGGACUCCUUGAUUUCCAAGAACCUAAUCAAGAUAUACAGAACCUUGUUUCAGAUAAGGAGAGGACUAGGUUAUCUGGUCCUGCUUCCAUUAGCUAUUCGCCCUUACACUUGUCCAUGCAGACAGAAGAAGAGAAAGUGUCAGGGGACAAAACCAUCUCAGAGCAAUGCAGUAGUUCACUUCAAAGCCAGUCCUUUCCUUCUGAUCCAUCUGUGAAGGAAGAUUCCAAAAGGACAAUGGAACAGCCGGAGCAGAUGGCGGUCUCUACUCUGAAUCCCUUAGAAAGUAAAAUGAACAAGAAAAAGAAAAAGAAAAAAUUGAAAAAGAAGAAGGCCCUGCGAGCAGCAGCCCGUGUGCCUGAGAACAGUGAUACAGAACAAGAUGUAAGUGAUUCAAAACCUCUCAGGAAAGUCAAGGCAAUCAGGGCACCCAAAGGGGGAAACGUGACCACAUCCAGCCUUCCAAAGCAAGAGGAUGCUCCCGAGGAAGGAAAGAAUGCAAAAGAUGAGGAUGAAAGUGACACAUCUCUGGAAUUUGUGGAAGUUCCCAAAUCUCCUCUUGAAGUGGUAACCAUCCCCUCAUCAGAGUCAGGAGACGAAAAACCAGACAGCCCUUCCAAGAGGAUUGCCUUGAACUCCUCGGAACAAAUUUUAAGAGAAGCAUCUCGAUCUGGCUAUGAUGAAGUCAGUUCUACUAGUGAGAUUGGAACAAUCUAUAGGGACGGUGUAGCUAGAAGUAUAGCUGAGACUCAAACAUCUGUAUCAUCAUUGAGAGGAUCAAAAAACUCAUCAGAAGUUUCUUCAGAGCCAGGGGAAGAAGAAGAACCCACUGAAGGGGUUUUUGAAGGCCAUUCGGCUUCAGUAAAUGCCAUGCAGAUUUAUGGGAAUUUGCUGUACACCUGCUCAGCAGACAAAACUGUCCGUGCAUUUAACUUAGUGAACAGGAAGUGUGUUGGUGUUUUUGAAGGGCAUACCUCAAAAGUGAACUGCCUCCUGGUGACUCAGACAACAGGGAAAAGUUCAGCACUCUAUUCAGGCUCCAGUGACCACAACAUAAAUUGUUAUAACAUCAAGACUAGAAAACUUCUGGAUCAGUUUAAACUUGAUGACCGUGUGCUCUGCCUGCAUAGUAGAUGGAGGAUCCUUUAUGCAGGACUUGCAAAUGGAAAUGUGGUUUCUUUCAGUAUAAAGAACAACAAGCAACUUGAUAUCUUUGAAUGCCACGGUCCCCGAGCAAUCAGCAGUCUUGCCACAGCCCAAGAAGGGGCACGAAGAUUGCUGAUAGUGGGAUCCUAUGAUUCUACAAUCAGUGUCCGAGAUGCCCGAAACGGACUUCUGCUUCGGACCCUGGAAGGUCACAGCAAAACUGUACUCUGUAUGAAGGUUGUGAAUGAUCUGGUGUUCAGUGGCUCCAGUGACCAGUCUGUCCAUGCCCACAACAUACAUACUGGGGAGUUGGUGCGGAUCUACAAAGGUCACAACCAUGCAGUAACAGUUGUGAACAUCUUGGGAAAGGUGAUGGUAACAGCCUGCUUGGACAAAUGUGUUCGUGUUUAUGAGCUGCAGUCCCAUGAUCGUUUGCAAGUCUAUGGAGGACAUUCGGAUAUGAUUAUGUGCAUGGCCAUUCAUAAGAGCAUGAUCUAUACAGGUUGUUAUGAUGGUAGCAUCCAGGCUGUUCGGCUGAACUUGAUGCAGAAUUAUCGUUGUUGGUGGCAUGGAUGUUCACUCAUAUUUGGAGUUGUGGACCACCUGAAGCAGCAUUUAUUAAAUGAUCACACCAACCCAAAUUUUCAAACAUUAAAGUGUCGCUGGAGGAACUGUGAUGCUUUCUUCACCUCCAGGAAAGGUUCCAAGCAGGAUGCUGUGGGACAUAUUGAAAAACAUGCAGAGGAUGAUAGCAAGAUUGACUCAUGAAGCUUUUUCGCCUCCCACAUUGGGAAGUCCUUUUUAUAAACUGGAAGUAUUCCAUGCCUUGUCCGCCUCAAGCCCAGUCCUUUUUUCUUCCCCAAUUCAUAUUUGGAGUAGGAAAAGGACUUAGGCCUUUCCCCCUUUUUUCUUUUUUGAUACAGAGACAGCAUCUUGCUUGCAGCUCUGUAGAGAAGGAAAUGACUGACAGACUUAGACCAAACAAAACAACGUUGAACUCAUUCACAGUAACAACAAGACCAUUUAUGAUGUCUUCCCUUUUCAAAAAAAUACAUUUCACACGUCUAAAAUGUGUUAUUUAGAGAAAUGUUUAGUACACUGGGUGCCUACAUACAUUGUUCACCUUUCUGUUUUUAUGUUGUAUACCAGAUCUUCUCAGGUAGUUUAUAGAUUGGGAUUUGGGCAAUGACGAUGAUAAUAAAACACAGACCAGAAAAUACCAUUUAAAUAUUGAGUGCUGCCUUUCCUUUCAUAGUAUGUCUCUUUCGAUGAGAGACCUUAAAGGGAAGUAUAAGCAUGCAGGAAUGGUUUCCUCUUUAAUCUUCAGUUUAUAUUGUGUGUUAGCCUUCAUUUUCAAGGCAUGAUGCAAUGACUCAGAGCAAUGGGUUCAAAUUACAGGAAAGGAGAUGCCAUCUAAAUAUUAGGAAGAACUUCCUGACCAUAACAGUUGUUUGAUAGUGGAACACACUUCCUUGAAGUGUGGUGGAAGCUCUUCCUUUGGGGGCUUAUAAACAAAAGCUGGAUGGCCAUCUGUCAGGGGUGCUUUGUGCUGUUCUUGCAUGGCAGGGGGUUGGACUGGAUGGCCUAUUCCAACUCUGUGAUUCUAUGACUUUUCCAAACUGAACAGCAAAUCCAUCUAAACUAGAAGGAACAUCAUCCAAUUAGCCUGUUCCUUCCACUUUUAAUUACUGCACCUUGGUGCAAAGGCUAGUGCAGAUAAUAAUUUCAUAUUUUAAGCGUUUGCACCCGUAUGUUUAAAUCCAGUGAUUUCUUGAUGCAGGAAUAGGCCUAUGGCCCUGAGCCUGGAAGUUUAGGACCCAUUGUGACAUUGUAAGUUGCUGAGCUUUGGAGUCCUGCAUUGAGUCUGAACAUGUUCACUGCUGUCUAAUAGUACUAAUAAUAUAAUAACUUUAUUUUUAUACCCCACCACCAUCUCCCUGAAGGUUCUCAGGGCAGCGUACAAGGGACAAGUCGAGAAAUACAGAUUAAAACUCACACAAUAAAAUUAAAAUGAAAUCAACAACAUAAAAAAACACACAUUACAAUCACAGUACACAGUCUAGUUGACACAUGGCCACCCUGUGUUUUUAAAAGUGUUUUUGAUUGGUCCACUUUCCCUAGUGUAAUCUGGUUUUUAUUUCUGCCAAAUUCCUUUUUUUUUUGUAGUUUGAAUGUUACUGCGAAACGAAAAGGCUAUUGGACGUUAAACAUGAACUUUUAAAAUCCAAGGAACUUUUAAAAUCCAAGAAGCUAAGAAUAUCAUGUGUGUACGUUGUGCCACCAUUUACUGUAAUGAGGUAGAAGUAGCAGCCUACACAACCAAUAUAAUGGGAAGACGAUAAUUAAGAAUGAUUGAAAUGGGUUUGUGGGAACUUUGGUGCUGUUCUCUUGGGGAGGAUGUAGCAGUUCCCACUACUCAAGUUUAUAUAAAGGGGUUUUUUUUUUCUCUUUAGCUCUAAGCCAGCUUUCUUCUUAUCACUGGCUUCAGUCUUUAUUUGAUUUAUUCCAGAGGGAAAGUGAGAAUCCCUGUAACUGUCUCGAAAUGCCUACCCACGUAGGUCUUAACUUCUUUCAUUUUAUUGUCUCUAAUGAUGUCUAAAUAUUAAGAGAUCAAAGGUUGUUUACAACAUUUGGACAUUUAAGGUAAUGCACACAUAGUUGCCUUUAAGAACAGACCUAUAUCUGGAAGCUGUUUUCAGCUCAACUUGAAAACUUGUCAGAAGACUUGGACAUGCUGUGGACUUUGUAGCAUGUAAAAUUAUAUGUAGUUCAGUGGUUCUUAUCCUUUAGUUUUCAACCAUCGACAUCUCUGAUGAUUGGCAAUGCUAGCUUAAGCUUUUGGGAGUUGUCAGAAACAGCUGGAGGAAAAAACAAUUGAGAAAAACUGCUCUAUAUAAAAUAUUUCCUUUUUACUCUUUCCCUGUGCCUAGAUAACCUGCUUGGUGAAGGAGGAGACUCUUAUUCUGCAGCCUAUUUUAAGGUGGUUUCCAAGCAGUGUUAGUCCUUUGUUUGUUGGCACUUUGGACUUAUUUUCUCCUGGUAGAACAAACUAAGGGAAGUUGUAAAGAGAUCCACAAGAAGCUCUAGGGUUCAACCCAUAGAGAAAUGGGUACACAUUUUUGUAAUAGAUUGAUUUUAGGUCAUCUAAAGCUAAACAUGAAUGAAAUGAAGGUACAGAGACAGUGUGUUUGUGAGAAAAAUAUGUGGCAUGCAGUGUUUGUGCAUUCUUGAUAAUGAGUGAAUGGAUUUGAAUUUUUGCAUCUUCCCCAGUGAUAACUUCUUACUGGAAGAGGAUAGUGAGUUUGUUUGCAAAUAUUUUUUUCUACUAGAGUACUAACUGUAAGUGUUACCAACCUACACUAGACUUGUUUUCUUAGCUGCUGUAAUAGGAUGUGUGAAUGUGUGUGUUUUAAGAUGGUUGAAAAAAACUUUUCCUUUCAUCCAUUUUUGGAAUACCUUUGCGAUAAUUUGCUUUUAGCCUGAUUUAGCAAUAGUGUGCGGUUGUGUCUUACCAAAGUUUGGUUCUGUUUGUGGGCCUUUAUUAAACUCCGAGAAGAACAGUUCUAAGCCAUGUCAUAUCCAUAAAAUAGUAUUACCCCUUAAUUGUGGAAGUUCUCAGCACUUCAUUAUACUCUGAUAAAACUUCUGUUAGAGUUGUUACAGUCCCUUAUUUCAGGUUAUAGAAGUUCUUCUGCUAUAUAUCAGGGAUUUUUGUUUUGUUUUGUUUUUGGUUUGAGGUUCUGCUUUCUGUACUUCAGCCUCUUUAUACAGAAAUGUUAGCAUGUUCCUCUAGGUCUCUGACAGAAAAUGUGGCAACACAAAGGCCAUUUUCAUUGUCAAAUUGUGAAAUGUAGAUUGUCAAGUUCUUGCAUUUUCGGGUUUCUGACAUCUUUCUACAAAUAAGUCGAAAUUAUCUUGAGAAAGUUUUGUUUUGAAGGUAAAGAGAUAGAAAUGAAGUGGCUAGAGGGAAUUGUGGAGUGUGUUUUUGACUUGUGUGGGAGUGUGAAGUUAUGUGUUGGCUAAUGCCUGAGCAAGCUGUUGUGGGCUGUCUAUGGAGUGAAUUUGGACUGCAUGCCAACACACUUCCCCAACACAAAAGGCAUUUCUUUGAUGCCAUUUGUCUUAUUUAGUGAAUGUAAGGAUUUGGUGUGUGUUAAGAGCUGUGCGGGAAUGGUUUGUGUAUCAAAUUUCAGGGAAUUGCUCUGCUGUUCAGCUGUUUCAAUCUUUUUUUACAACUGAAUGCCAGUGCAUAACCCAGCUUCUGUUUGCCCCUUGAGACAAAUAGGCUUCAUGAAUCAAGACACCAAAACUACAGUCCACAUUUCAGUUCAUCUUGUGAGCUCUGGGUUGCAUUUUAAUUAUCAGUUAGAUUGUAAGCUGUUUUGGCUAUAACAUUUAUUUUUAAAAUUGCAAGUUCUAGCUUAUUCAUACAUUCAAUGGCAUUUAGUUGUUUUUUUUUUAAAAAAAAGCAAUGCACAACAAAUGUCUAUCUUGCUCUAAAUGUUGGUUUUCCUAGAUUUCUAGGACCCUGGUAAGAUGGAUUCAUGCAAAGGACAAAGUAUGCACUCUUCAUGUACAAAAUUAUAAUAUGAACACAACCAGAAAGGCUCAAAUUGUACACCAGUUAAAACAAGGAAGAGAUUGAUGUGCCUGUAAGAAUAGUAGAUGAGAGAAACUGCAUAAGUAAUAAACUCCAAUAGCUUUCUUGGAAGCUUUCACUACCCUAUUUUGUUUCUGUGGGAUGAUGUGUGUGACUUUUCUCAUGAGUAAAGAUGUGUGAACUCACAUGCACAGAAUGACUUGGUCUUUCCUUUCCUUUUUACUACAAGCUGUGAACUAAAUAAACAAAAAGAAAAAAGAAAAUAAAUAUACUUUAUAACAACAGAA